AUGGCUCCUGCGCCGCCGUUGCCCUGUUGCCCCGCGGGUCACAUGACUCUGAUUCAUUUCCUCAUCGCUUUGAUUUCAGACCCGUUUCUUUCCACCUGGACCGUUGGAUCUCCUAAAUUUGAUUCAGGGCAUUCCCCACUUUGCCCCCUUCUCAACUCUCAGCAUAUCCAGGCCCACGAUGAGAAUGGACAUACCAUCCUGUAUCACAUUGUGGAACAAAGGCUUGAACAUCUCAUCAAACCUCUCGCAAAAUGGAUCCCACGGAGCUCCAUCCCGGAUAAUGAAGGAUGGACGCCCCUUCAUCAAGCGGUCAGGAACAGUGAUGAACUGAUGACAAAAGCACUGGUUUAUGCUGGUUCGGAUAUAUCAGCCAAGGACAAUAGAGGAAAAACCGCUCUUCAUCUUGCCUGCGAUGAAGAUGCAGUUGGGAUUGUCCAGAUUCUCCUGGACCACGGUGCAGACCCAUCCGCAGCGGAUUGUGAGGGAUGCACGCCCUUGCAUGAGGGAUUUGGACGAAAUACAGUUAUCCUACAGAAGCUGAUUAAAGCCGGCGCGGACCUUAACCCCCGACGGAUGCCACGAGGAUUGACCCCCCUUUAUUUUGUAGCUUGGCUGGGCCGAGCGGACGCUGCUAGAAUCCUUCUUGAGGCUGGAGCAGACCCUACUAUUCAAACAGAGACAGGAGAAGGGGAGACCAUAUUGCAGCAAGCAAUUAAAGGAUCACAUAUCAAAGUCGUGCAGCUCUUACUUGAUGCUGGGGUGGAUGUCAAUGUGCGGGAUUCCCACAAUGGCCUUGAUGCCAUGCUGACGGCUGCAAGUUGGGGAGCAGAUGAUUGCAUUCGACUGCUCCAGAGGGCCGGGGCGGAUGUUUUCGCAGUGGAUUACCAUGGACGUAACGGACUGCAUUUGGCGGCUAGGGCGGGCAGGCUGUCAACUGUCCAGCUGCUUCUAAAAGAAGGAGUCGACAGCUUUGCAGAAGACGACCGGGGCUACACUCCGCUGCGCUACGCAGUUGAAGGGGAAGAAGGGCAUCGAGGGCUAACCUGGUGGGACUAUGAAGGAGUGAUUCGAGUCCUAGAAGAUGUGCAUAAAAGCCCAUUUUUGAGGUUUCUGCAAUGGAUGCGCGCCAAAUACUACUCUCCAACAAAGAGCUGA